AUGGCCAUGGACGAGUCACCCCAGCUGUUCCUGUGCCCGAUCUCCAUGGAGCUGAUGGAGGACCCCGUCACGGUGUCCACCGGCGUCACCUACGACCGCCGGAGCAUCGAGCGGUGGUUCUUCAAGUACGGCAAGACCACGUGCCCGGCCACCAUGCAGCGCGUCGCCUCCCUCGACCUCACGCCCAACCACACCCUCAAGCGCGUCAUCGCCUCCUGGCAGGACCGCGCCUCCACCUCCUCCUCCCCCUCCAGCCCCGCGGGCGCGUUCAAGCCGAUGGCGCGGGAGCGGCUGCCGUCGGUGCUCGCCGGCAUUGAGGGCACGCCCUUCAAGGUCACCGCGCUCAAGGGCCUGAGGCUCUGCAUGGCCGGGGACCAGGCGGCGCGGGACGACUUCGUGGCCUGCGACGGCAUCCAGGUGCUCGGCCGCGUCAUGGCGCAGGCGCUGGCGGAGAGCGGCGCCGGCGGGGACUUCUCGGCGUUCCGGACGUGCGAGGAGGCCGCCGCCGUCCUCGCCACGCUCCCGCUCUCGGACGAGGAGUCGGUGGACCUGGUACUGAGGCCCGAGUGCAUGAGGCCCAUGGUCGCGCUGGUCCAGCGCGGCAGCGCCGACGCGAGGCUGCACGCCAUGUCCAUCCUCGCCAAGGUCUCCGAGGCCAGCGGCGCCCGCAACUGGACCGAGGACGUAGACGUCGACGACAUGGUCAAGUCCCUCCUCGACCUGCUCUCUGACGGGGCCUCCUCCAAGCUCAGCUCCCGCGCGCUCGACGUGCUCAUCGACGUCACGGCGCGCUCGCGCUCCAGGGGCGGCGCCCGGCGCGGCAAGGGCGUGGUGGAGGUGGGCGCCGUGCGGGUGCUCGUGGAGCUCCUCCCGGAAGCCGACCGACACGUCACCGAGCGGGCGCUCCUGCUCCUGAAGCGGCUGUGCAAGUGCCCCGAGGGCCGGCUCGCGUUCGCGGAGCACGGGCUCGCCGUGGCGGCCGUGGUGCGGACCGUGCUGCGGGUGUCCGGCCUGGCCACGAGGCUGGCGGUCAACGUGCUGUGGCUGGUGUCGUGCGCGGCGCGGCCCACGGAGAGGGUGCUCGACGACAUGGUGGCGAGCGGCGGCGUGGCGAAGCUGCUGGCGCUGCUGCAGGCGGACAGCUCGCCGUCGACCAAGGAGAAGGUGGCGAGGAUGCUCAGGGUGCACGGCGCCUUCUGGAGGCAGUACCCUUGCAUCCCCGCCGACCUCAAGGACUACCUCAAGUUUCUCAAGUGA